AUGACUGUCCGUCUUUCCGCCUUCUCCACUCUCCGCGAACGCCUCCCACGCCCUCCUGGUUGUACAGAACUAACUCAGGCAACAGCCAAAUCCCGCACGAUCGCCGUGCGGCUCCUCAGCAUGGCCAUGACGGGAUACUACCGAACCAUGGUGCGGCCACGAACCUCCCGCCCUCUCAGCAUGUUGAAAUACGACCCGGUCGUCAAGAAGCAGGUCCUGUUCCUGGAGCAGAAGCGCGGCAAGAACUGA